CCGAGGAGAGCUGCUGCGGCCGCUGUGCCGGCAGAGCGGCGAGUGAGGCGGGGAUGGCGGCGCGGCUCGCUUCGCGCGGGGUACACGGAGCUGCGGGCCAGCGCUCAUGGCUGCUGCUGGCGCCGCUGCUGUUGGUCCCGCUGCUGGCGCGGCCCGCCGAGGCCCUGGUGGAAGGGCUGUACUGCGGCACGCGCGACUGCUACGAGGUGCUGGGUGUGAGCCGCUCGGCCAGCAAGGCGGAGAUCGCGCGGGCCUACCGCCAGCUGGCCCGGCGCUACCACCCCGAUCGCUACCGGCCGGAGCCUGGGGACGGCCCCGGGGGUGCGCCGCCGAGCGCCGAGGCUUUCCUGCUAGUGGCGACCGCCUACGAGACGCUCAAGGAUGAAGAAACACGGAAGGAUUAUGACUACAUGCUGGAUCACCCAGAAGAAUACUAUAGCCAUUACUAUCACUACUACAGCAGGCGCCUAGCCCCAAAAGUGGAUGUUAGGGUGGUGAUUUUGGUCAGUGUGUGUGCCAUUUCAAUGUUUCAGUAUUUCAGCUGGUGGAAUAGCUACAAUAAAGCAAUCAGCUACCUGGCUACAGUGCCCAAGUAUCGCAUCCAGGCCGCAGAAAUCGCCAAGGAGCAGGGACUGCUCAAAAAAGCCAAAGAAAAAGGGAAAAACAAGAAGUCCAAAGAAGAAAUCCGUGACGAGGAGGAGAACAUCAUAAAGAACAUUAUAAGAAGUAAGAUAGACAUAAAGGGGGGCUACCAGAGACCUCAGGUUCGGGACCUCCUCUUGUUUCAAGUCAUCCUCGCCCCUGUUCACCUGUGCUCGUACAUAGCCUGGUAUUGCCGGUGGAUUUACAACUUUAACAUCAAAGGCAAAGAGUACGGGGAGGAAGAGAGACUUUACAUCAUCCGUAAGUCUAUGAAGAUGUCCCAGUCUCAGUUUGACAGCCUGGAGGACCAUCAGAAAGAGAUGUUUCUCAAGCGGGAGCUUUGGAUAAAGGAGAAUUACGAGGUCUACAAGCAGGAACAAGAGGAAGAAUUAAAGAAAAAAUUGGCAAAUGACCCUCGGUGGAAGCGAUACCGCAGGUGGAUGAAGAAUGAAGGGCCUGGACGGUUGACCUUUGUGGAUGACUGAAGAUGCUCAGGUGUUGCUAUGCCAAACCCUAAUGUGACGUCACUUGCAUAGCAGUUAUUUGGGAAAUGUGUCUGCUGCUCUCAGCAGUAACUAACGUUCACAAGUAUAUGAUUAAACAGAAUAAUGUAGAAAUUUCAACUUUCCUUAAAACUUUAUACACAAGACAUUUAUGAUGGUUCAAUUUUUAUAAUCUAUUUGUGGAUUUUGUUUAAAAAAAUAUUUGACAUGGGGACUUAUUAGUUGCCAUUUAAAAUUUUUAUAUGUUUAGUUAAAUUUGACAUGAAAUUUAUUAGAUACCAUUUAAAACUUGUGUCUGAAGUGUUUCUUCUUGGAGAGCAUUUGCUUAUGUUUCACAAUGCUACAUUGAGAAUGUCUUUGAGAGUGUCUGCUUAUGUCUUCAGAACGCUACAUGUCCCUCCUUUCCUGGUCUCUAUUUCUACAAAACAACGGCAGAAUAAUGACAACAGCACUUGAUCAGAUUAUUGUGUCUUUCUGGACACAGUUUCUCCAGGAGAAUCAUUCAACACCAUAUUGUCCUUACUGUAGUCCUUACAGGUUUGAGCAUAUUCAAUGUAUUCUCUAGGAGAGUAUUCUAGAACCUCUGCAGUUCCCGCCUAGUGAUUCUACUCUUGGUAAGAUCAGGAACUCUCCAGGAGAGUGGGUUACAUCAUGUCCUUGUGGGAUGUUCUUGAUUCCAGUCUCAUUAUAGGACUGACUGUUUUCUCAAACAUUUCUGCAGAGGGGACCUUGUGAAAAGGUCUUUUAUACCACCAACUUGCUGCCUCCCUUCCUCCCUCCCUCUCUUUUUUCUCUUUUCCUUCCCUCCCUCCCUCACUCUCUCCCUACCUGCAUUACUUGUGUGGUUAAACUGUAGUGCACAUGAGAGUCUUUAUGUGCACUUGAGCUAGAAAGAAGACAGGUAUGGCUGUGCUGCUCUCGGCCUCUAGGGUGCAAGUGUGUCUUUAUACUUAUGGAAGUGAACGUAAAUGGCAGAAUGACUGAGAAUCAAACCUGAUACUCUACCAAAGUUCCAUACCCACUCACAUACAGUGCUCCUGUUCAAGAUCUACCCUACUGCUUCAUACUAAUACAAUGGUUGUGGUACACGUGCUGCCUGCUAGGCUAUGUAAAGAUUAAGAUAUUACUUUUGUAGCAUAUACUUUUAAAAGAUUAGUGUAGCAUAAUAGGUAUGAAGGAUUUAUUUCUUAAGUGAAGUAAAUUGAUCCUUUUAAAAGCUCAGCCCAGCCCAGGGACUGAAUAGCUUGGUUGGUAAAGUGCUUCCUUGCAAACAAUGGGGACUGACUUUGCACACAUACCCCCAACACCGUCUCAUGUAAAAUACACCAGACAGUGGUGGCAUGCUCAAAUAGAACCUGUCUCAAAAAGAAGGUGGAGAGCACCUGAAAAUGAAAGCCAAGCCUGUCCUCUGGCCCUCACAUAUACCCACACACUUGUGUAUCUGCACACACACAGGCACACAAAGCUCGGUCCAUAUUACAUGCAUGAGUCCAUCCUUGCCAAUUAGCCAGAAGACUUAAGGUCAGUUAUUUUAAUGUGAAUGAAUAAUUUCAAGUGCUAAUUACAAGAGUAGAAUUUGACCAGGCUGUCAGUAGGGCUUUUUGCAGCUCUGGGCUUCUGAAAUAAUAUAAUUUUUAGAGUUCUGUAAACUUUAGUUGGAAAUGUUUGUGUGUUCAUUAUUCUUUAGGGCUAUGGAGAAUCAUAGAGUUAGCACCUGUUGCUCAUUAUUAUUUAAGAACAAAUUUACGUCAUAAGGACCAGAAAGAAAUACCAGUACUAGUGUAUCUCACCAUUUUCCAAACGUCUCUGACUGCCUAUAUUUUUCUAGGUUCAUUUCUGCUACUCUGACAAACACCAUGACAGAAAGCAGUAGAGGGAGGAAAGGGUUUCUAUGGCUUAGAGUUGCAGGUUACAGUCCAUCAUUCUGGUGAAAGGCUGAAACUCAAGAUAGCUCGUAGUAUCAUACCCUCAAGAGCAAAGAGAGAAUACAUGUAUCUUUGCCUAUCAUGUAGUUCAGGAUUUCCUUCCUAGGGAAUGGUGCUGCCUGCAGUUGACUUAGUUGGCUUCCUACAUCACUUAAUUACCAAGACAGUCCCCAGGCAUACCCACAGACCAACCUCAAUGAGGCUCUGUUCACAGUUAAUGUGAAGUCAUCAGGUUGACAGUAAAGACUGACUAGCAUACCUCUUUGUAAGGAGAAGAGAAAGAAAGAUGUUCAGCCAAUGAGGACUAUGUAUUGUUGGAUAUUCUUUUGUCUGUCUUUUUUUAUUUCUGUAUUAUAUUUCUAGAAUUGUCCACUGAAGGCUGCUUAUGUGGGAACUUGGGCACAGUCAUUGCAUGAAUCAAGGUGGACUCUUGUAGAAAGAUGGUGGGUUUUCCUCUUCCCUCUGUUCACUGUGCUUCAAAUUCUCAGGAAAAAGAAAAGACCAUUGCUUGCAAUAAUCAUUGUACUUCACCGCACUCAUUUUAGAGACACCCAAGAGGGCUCAAGGCCCUUACAGCCCUGUUAGUGUGGGGAGGAGGGUGGCCUGCCAGAUCAUGGCUGGUCAUUGCUGCUUAUUUCUCAUCGGUUCGUGUGAUUGAAGUCUUCAAAAUUACCCUGUGGGUUUUAUUCAUAUAAAUGCCUUCCUUACAGA